CCGAGACUGCUGCCAAAUUUCUACUCAACAAGUCGCUAUUCAUCAUUGGUUAGCGGUGCAGGUGGCGGCAGUUUCAUUGGCAGCGCCGGAGUCGGAGACUCAUCACGAGCACAUACGAUCAAACUUGACGAACCAGAUUCAGUACGUGACGUUGGUGGGGUGACAUCCCAGCAAGAAGCAUCUUCAAUCUAUCAAAGUAGCAGUAGCACUGGAACACCGUCAACUGUGCUAGCUGCUGGGACUGCAGCAGUCGGAGAAGAUGACGCUACAAGGGGCUCAGAAAGGCCUGCAUCGGAACGUAUAAUGUGGUUUCCACGUAGUCGUACAGACCACUAA